UACUGCGAGUGCUUUGCGUCCGGGCGCUACUGCGACGGCUGCAACUGCGUCAACUGCUGCAACAACAAAGAGAGCGAGCAAGUCCGCCAGGCCGCCGUGGAGGCCAUUCUCGAGCGCAACCCCAAUGCCUUCCGGCCCAAGAUCCAGGUGCUUGAGCCCUUCUGCACGACAGGGACGCAUGUGGCGAUCCAGGGGGCGGCGGCGCGCCAUAACAAGGGGUGCAACUGCAAGAAGAGCGGGUGCCUCAAAAAAUACUGCGAGUGCUUCCAG